AGUCCCUGUCGGCCUGAUGUCCUCUGUUGUAGCCCCGGAAAAGCCCACCUCCAACACCAUGGGCCCCAAAGAGGUGGAGCUGAUCCUGGUGAAGGAGCAGAAUGGGGUUCAGUUCACCUCGACCACCAUAGUGACUCCGACUCCUACUCAGACCAAACCCAGUGGGGAGGACGAAAGGGAGACCUGGGGGAAGAAAAUCGACUUCCUCUUGUCUGUGAUCGGAUUUGCCGUGGACCUCGCCAACGUCUGGAGAUUCCCCUACCUCUGCUACAAGAAUGGAGGAGGUGCGUUCCUGGUGCCAUACCUGUUCUUCAUGGUGAUAGCAGGCAUGCCUCUCUUCUACAUGGAGCUGGCUCUGGGACAGUAUAACAGAGAGGGGGCAGCAGGCGUCUGGAAGAUCUGUCCCAUAUUUAAAGGUGUAGGCUUUACAGUGAUCCUCAUUUCUCUCUACGUUGGUUUCUACUACAAUGUCAUCAUCUCCUGGGCGCUGUUCUACCUGUUCUCCUCAUUCACCAGCGAGCUGCCGUGGGUCCACUGCAACAACACUUGGAACAGUCCUAACUGCUCCGACUGGGCUGACAACAGCUCAGUCAGUGAUAUUUACAAGGCCACCCCUGCUCAGGAGUACUUUGAACGACGGGUGCUCCACAUCCAGGACAGUAAUGGUAUUGAUAACCUGGGCCGCCCACGCUGGCAGUUGACUUCCUGUCUAGCUGUAGUGAUUGUUCUGCUCUACUUCAGUCUGUGGAAGGGAGUCAAGACAUCUGGAAAGGUUGUGUGGAUCACAGCCACAAUGCCCUAUGUGGUCUUGACUGUGCUGCUGGUCCGCGGAGUCACUCUGCCUGGAGCCAUCGAUGGCAUUAAGGCCUACCUCUCUGUAGACUUCCUGAGACUCUGUGAUGCCAAGGUCUGGAUUGAGGCAGCGACACAGAUCUGUUUCUCUCUGGGAGUGGGGUUUGGUGUGCUAAUUGCCUUUUCCAGCUACAACAAAUUCAGCAACAACUGUUACAGAGACGCCAUCAUCACCAGCUCCAUCAACUCUUUAACCAGUUUCUUCUCCGGCUUUGUGGUCUUCUCCUUCCUUGGGUACAUGUCCCACAAGCACAACGUAGACCUUGACAAAGUUGCAAGAGACGGUGCUGGUUUGGUGUUUGUCAUUUACCCAGAAGCCAUUGCAACAUUACCUGGAUCAUCAGUGUGGGCGGUCAUCUUUUUCAUUAUGCUGUUGACACUGGGAAUUGACAGUGCUAUGGGUGGAAUGGAAUCAGUGAUCACGGGGCUGAUUGAUGAGUUUAAAUGCCUCCACAAGCACAGAGAGCUGUUCACCCUCUUCAUUGUUUCUGCCACCUUCCUCAUAUCCCUCUUCUGUGUUACAAAUGGUGGGAUGUAUGUGUUCACUCUGCUGGACCACUUUGCGGCAGGGACAUCGAUUCUCUUUGGAGUGCUUAUUGAAGCUAUUGGCAUUGCAUGGUUUUAUGGAGUGGACCGAUUCAGUGAUGACAUUGAAGAGAUGAUUGGUCAGCGACCAGGCAUGUACUGGAGGCUGUGCUGGAAGUUUGUCAGCCCCUGCUUCCUCCUGUUUAUGGUGGUGGUGAGCUUUGCCACGUUCAACCCUCCAAACUACGGCACCUACACAUUUCCUCCAUGGGCUAACAUGGUGGGGUGGUGUCUGGCUAUUUCCUCAAUGUCCAUGGUGCCUCUAUACGCCAUCUACAAACUCUGCAUACUGCCUGGGAAGUUUUGUGAUAGACUGGCCUAUGCCAUCACCCCAGAGACAGAGCAUCAUUUGGUAGAUAAUGGGGAGGUUCGGCAGUUCACACUGCAUCACUGGCUGGUGGUCUGAAAAGUACAGAGCGAGAGAGAUAAAG